ACUCCAGCACAGCGGGAGGCAGGCAGAGGUAGCAGCUGCUUUCUCCUGGGCGGGCGGAGGCUAUUCGCCCCCAUCCUCUCCCAGCACCCCACCCCCACAGUUCUCAAGCCUUCGUGGGGGACAAAGGCAGCCCUUUGGGACACCCCCCCACAUUCGCACCUCUCCCUGCCAAGACCUCUAGGAGCAGCAGGGCGGAUAGACAGAGCCUGCCGUUCGGCAUGGAACAACCUGACUGAAGGCGAGGUCCGGGGCGGAGGGGAUUGGGCUGUAGGGCUGUGGAGGAGGGGAGGCGGAGGGGGCGCUGGGGCUCUCGCUUGCUUCAACCCAGCCCUCCUAGUCAGCCCGCGACAACUCUCACCAGCUACGGGGCCUCAGAGAAGCCGGACUUCGCGAGCACCAUGCAGUGGAUAAGGGGCGGAUCGGGAAUGCUGAUCACUGGAGAUUCCAUCGUUAGUGCUGAGGCAGUAUGGGAUCACGUCACCAUGGCCAACCGGGAGUUGGCAUUUAAGGCUGGCGACGUCAUCAAAGUCUUGGAUGCUUCCAACAAGGAUUGGUGGUGGGGCCAGAUCGACGAUGAGGAGGGAUGGUUUCCUGCCAGCUUUGUGAGGCUCUGGGUGAACCAGGAAGAUGAGGUGGAGGAAGGGCCCAGUGAUGUGCAGAACGGACACCUGGACCCCAACUCAGACUGCCUCUGUCUGGGGCGGCCACUACAGAACCGGGACCAGAUGCGGGCCAAUGUCAUCAAUGAGAUCAUGAGUACCGAGCGUCACUACAUCAAACACCUUAAGGAUAUUUGUGAGGGCUAUCUGAAGCAGUGCCGGAAAAGAAGGGACAUGUUCAGCGAUGAGCAACUGAAGAUAAUCUUUGGGAACAUUGAAGAUAUCUACAGAUUUCAGAUGGGCUUUGUGAGAGACCUGGAGAAACAGUAUAAUAAUGAUGACCCCCACCUCAGCGAGAUAGGACCCUGCUUCCUAGAGCAUGUAAGUACCUUAUCCAUAUAG